CGAUGAGAGGGAGGUACCCUCACACACACUCUCUCUCUCUCUCUCUCUCUCUCUCUCUCUCUGUGCCUCAGUGUGCUUUUUCACCAAAAGAGACUGAAGUGGGGCUGAAACUGAAACAGGGCAAGACUCGUAAAAAGGAGUUGCAGAGUCUCUUUCUUUGCUCUCCUUCAUUCUCACAGUUUCCUGUUUAAGGAGGCCAUUUUGUUACAGCCUUGGAGGAGAGGAGGCACAACAAAGUUUGGCAUUGUUUUUGUUUUUUCUCUCUCUCUCUCUCUCUCUCCCACAGGCUGUGGAGUUUCAUAACCAACUUUGGACUUUCUCCUUCUCUGCAGAGCAACUUGUUGAAGGAGGCGAAGGAAGGGAAGCAAAAGGAAAGUGGAUCUCUCUCUCUCUGUCACACAUUGCUUGUCAUGCCAGGACUAUAACUAAAGAAGAGUGUGAAGAAAAGAAGUGGCAGAAAAAAGGAAAGAAAAAACCACUUCCUGGAUUGCUUCCUUGAUCCACUGGGAGGGGGUGGACACAGGACACAGAGGGACUCUCUCUCUGCUCAGUGUGUGUGUGUCCAUGUUACCCCUCUGUCCUCCACUGAGACAGUCUGAAUGAGUUACUGAGUCAGCUGUGGACAGCACCUGUGUGUUUGUGUGUGUUUAGAAGCUGUCAAACAGGACUCUCAAUGGCGAAUGCUAGCCCAAUUAUGUCCUCAGGGGCCAUGUCCCAGGUCUUCUUCCCUCCAGGUGGCUCCUCACCGCCAGGCUCAGCUGUGAUGCAGCAGCAGCAGCAGCAGCAGGGGACCCCCAUAUCCAUGCCCUCCAUGCCUGUCCAGAGUGGCUUUCCUAUGAUGGACUUGACCCCAGGCCCUGGUGGGGUUGUGAUCCCCUCCUUUCCUCCCACUCCAUUAGGGGUGUCCUUCAUCAUCCAGAUUGGCCUGACCAGAGAGUCCGUCCUGAUGCCCCAGAGUGCUGACCUGGCCUAUGUGAAGCAAAUAGCCUGCUCCAUUGUUGACACCAAGUUCCCAGAGUGCGGCUUCUACGGCAUAUAUGACAAGAUUUUGCUGUUCAAGCACGACACGACCACCAACAACAUCCUGCAACUGGUUAAAGGCACCAGUGACAUUCAGGAGGGAGAUCUGGUGGAGGUGGUGCUCUCUGCGGCGGCCACGUUUGAAGAUUUCCAGAUUCGGCCCCACGCGCUCAACGUGCACUCGUACCGGGCCCCGGCUUUCUGUGAUCACUGUGGAGAGAUGCUGUUCGGACUGGUCAGACAGGGGCUCAAGUGUGACGGAUGUGGACUAAACUACCACAAGCGCUGUGCAUUCAGCAUCCCGAACAACUGCAGUGGAGCCCGCAAGCGGCGUCUGUCCACCACCUCCCUGAGCAGCAGCCAGUCCCUGCGUCUCUCCACCACUGAGUCGGUGUACAGUGUAGGGACGGCCUCCCCCUGCACAGAGGAAGCCAGCCUCAUCCGCUCACACACACAAAUGGUACUGCCACGGACCCCUAGUGAAGCCCGGCGCUUCUACACGGGCCGACCGGUUCAUUUGGACAAGAUCCUGAUGAGCAAGGUGAAGGUGCCGCACACGUUCGCCGUCCACUCGUACACGCGGCCGACGGUGUGCCAGUACUGCAAGAGGCUUCUUCGAGGGCUGUUCAGGCAGGGCCUACAGUGCAAAGACUGCAAGUUUAACUGCCAUAAACGCUGUGUGUACAAGGUUCCUAAUGACUGCCUCGGGGAAACCAUUGGAGAUAACAGAAGUAACUGCGACUUGUUGAGUCCCAGCACCGACCCCGAGGUGCCCAUGGACUACAGCAGCGAGUACGACGCCUCAGACAAGUCUUCAAUAGACGACUCAGACGAGGCCUGCAGCAUCCCUGGGUCCUUUUCUCCAGACAACAACCAGGAUGGAGCCAGCGGAGACCAGAGUGUUUACAUCCCAUUAAUGAGGGUGGUGCAGUCGGUGAGACAGACAACCCGUCGGUCCAGUACGGCCAUCAAGGAAGGAUGGGUGGUUCACUACAGCAAUAAGGACACACUGAGAAAGAGGCACUACUGGCGUCUGGACUGUAAGUGCAUCAUCCUUUUCCAGAACAACACCACCAACAAAUACUACAAGGAGAUCCCUCUGUCCGAAAUCCUGGAGGUGCGUCCCGCCGGCAACUUCACUCUCGUCCCCCCAGGCACACAUCCUCACUGCUUCGAGCUCAUCACAGGCACCAUGUGCUACUUUGUAGGAGAAGACCCCAACACCCCUCCCCCUCUGUCCCCCAGCAACCCCCAGGCUCUCCCUCCAACCCCUCCCUCCCCCAGCCAAGUAGCUCCCAACAGCGGCAUCGGGCGCGAGGUGGCCAAGGCGUGGGAGAGCGCCAUUCGCCAAGCCCUCAUGCCGGUCAUCUUUCAGGACGCACCACCAGCUGAGGGAAACACAACUCACAGACAAGCUUCUAUCAGCAUAUCUGUGUCCAACAGUCAAAUCCAAGAGAACGUGGAUAUUGGUAUGGUGUACCAGAUUUUUGCGGAUGAAGUGCUGGGAUCGGGGCAAUUUGGAGUCGUGUAUGGAGGAAAGCACAGGAAGACGGGGAGGGACGUAGCUGUCAAAGUCAUUGACAAGCUUCGCUUCCCCACCAAGCAGGAGAGCCAGCUGAGGAACGAGGUGGCCAUACUGCAGAGUUUACGUCACCUGGGCAUUGUGAACCUGGAGUGUAUGUUUGAGACUCCAGAGAAAGUGUUUGUGGUGAUGGAGAAGCUGCACGGCGACAUGCUGGAGAUGAUCCUCUCCAGUGAGAAAGGCAGAUUGCCUGAGAGGCUCACCAAGUUCCUCAUCACACAGAUUCUUGCAGCUCUGAGGCAUCUGCACUUUAAGAACAUCGUUCACUGUGAUUUGAAACCUGAGAAUGUGCUGCUUGCGUCUGCUGAUCCUUUCCCACAGGUGAAGCUGUGUGACUUUGGUUUCGCCCGUAUCAUCGGUGAGAAGUCUUUCCGUCGCUCGGUGGUCGGCACCCCGGCCUACCUGGCCCCUGAGGUUCUGCUGAACCAGGGCUACAACCGCUCACUGGAUAUGUGGUCGGUCGGCGUCAUCAUGUAUGUCAGCCUGAGUGGGACAUUCCCCUUUAACGAGGACGAAGAAAUCAACGACCAGAUCCACAACGCAGCCUUCAUGUACCCACCCAACCCCUGGAAACAGAUCUCCAGUGAUGCAACCGACUUGAUCAACAACCUGCUGCAAGUUAAGAUGAGGAAACGCUACAGCGUGGACAAGAGUCUCAGCCACGCAUACUUACAGGACUAUCAGACGUGGUUGGACCUGCGGGAGCUGGAGACUAAACUUGGCGGGCGUUAUCUCACCCACGAGAGUGACGACGGCCGCUGGCAAAUGUUUGCCCGGGAACAUACUCUGCCUUACCCCGCUCACCUUGUGCCUCCUGCGUUGGCCUCUGACGACGAGGGCGGGGAGGAUGCAGAUGUGCAAGGCCUCACUGAGAGGGUCAGCAUCCUCUGACCAGAGAGAGACUCAAGCUCAUUUUAGGAAGGAGGAAAGAAGUAAGGAGAGGCAGGGAGGAUUGGGACGGUCGACCUGGAGCCUGAAAGAGACAAGUUGUAUGCUUCAACUAAGAAAGCGUCCAGCUGUUUAGACUUUCAAAGCACAACAUCUCUUUACCAGCGCUCAAUUUUACAGCAAUAAAUCCAAUGUCCUCCAGCCUGAGGUCAUCAGAAACUUCCUCCAGAUCAUUCACCUCUGCUGUUAUUGGUCCUCUUUCAUCUUUUUCAUCUCUCUUUUCAUGAUGAAGGCUGCUCGGCUCUAUUUCAUGUCCUCUGUGCGGCUGACCUGGGCAGUCUUUACGGAUAAAAUUAGAGCAGCAUGUUCUUUUCCUCCCACUGCAAAAUGCUUCAAACUACGUGAAGCAGGAAAUGCCACUUCACAACAAACGAUAAAACAAAGAAUUUGGUGUAGGUGUGUUUUUAUUGAACAGUUUUUCCUAAACAAAUAGGAGUGAAUAUUAAAAAAAUGAAACUGCCUCCCAUUAAAAGAGAAGUAACAUUU